UAUAUUCCCCGGCACAGCUGAGCUAUGGAGACCCACCGUGUACAGAUGUGGGCGAGGAUGGAUCCGUUCCUAAUCGGCGUUCUGCAGUUUCCUCCGCCUGCUAAGUUCAACCUGCACUACCUGAGAAAGAUGGCAACCUACGUACGAACUCGGUCAGCGGAGCACUGUUACCCGCGCCUGUACUGGACUAUGUGGCGGCACAUCGCCUGCGGGAAACUGCAGCUGGUAGAGGACGUGGCGUGGCUGUACUUCGAGGCUUUCCACAGCCUGUCCGAGCGGAGCGCCUCCAAGAACCUGGAGUGGGCUGAGGCUGCCUCCAGCUGCAAGUCCGUGGAGGAGUAUGAGAGAGUGAAGAGUAAGCUGUCAGUGGACACCCUGAAGUUCCUUCUGUUCCUCUAUAUUCAGCAGAUAAACAAGGUUUCCUUACGUACUUCUCUGAUUGGUGAUGAGUGGCCAAGCCCUAGAGCUAGAUCUCCUAAUCCUGACUUAGCUGGACCAUCUAGCUUUCAUAAUAAGAACUGGGAUGAUUAUAGCCACCAUGCAUUUAUACAGAACCAUAUAUCUUACCUAUUGGAGUUGCUUUUGGAUCCAGAUCAGCUUACUAAAUCCUGCCAUUCAAGUGAAUACAGUCUGUUGUCCAUUGGGGCAGCCCGAGCACUGGACUUUCUCAUCGAGGGAACAAUGGAUAAGAAUAGGACUGUCCAUCCUUUUGUUGAUUUAACUACAUGGCAUCCUUUACAGUUUAGAAGUGGUUAUUCAAAAACGACUGAAUCAUUUUCACUGAGCAAGCUGCAAGCAUGGGUAAAGGAUAAUUUUGUGGUGAAUCCGUUUGGAAUGUCCACCUGUGUGAAGUCUGGUAAAACGUUAGCUUGGGCAGAACAAAUUGAUGGUUCGAGUAGAAGGGCAAAGAUUGCUUGCAACAUUUACAAAGUGCCACCUGGUAAUCAUAUGGUUGUCAUGAGUCACAUAUGCAGACAAACAUUGGCAAAAAGUUCAGAAACGCUGGUCAAUGCACGUGUAAAAAUAAUGAACUGCAAUGAGUCUUAUAUAUAUCUAUUAUCUCCUUUAAGGAGUGUAACCAUUGAAAAAUGUCGGAAUAGCACAUUUGUCCUUGGGCCAGUGCAAACAGUUGUUCAUGUUCAGAUGUGUGACCAUGUGAAAGUUAUAAGUGUAUGUCAGCGCUUGUCACUGUCUUCUACAACAAGCUGCACUUUUCAUAUACUUACUCCUACAAGGCCUGUGUUAUUUAAUGGAAAUCAGGGUGUUAUUUUUGCUCCAUAUCAUACUUACUAUGGAAUGCUAGAAGAUCACAUGGGACAAACUGGUUUAGCCACUUUACCUAAUUACUGGGACAGGCCACAGUUUUUUUCUGCAGAAAGUGACUCCCAGGUCUGGAAACUCAUGUCCCCUCGAGAAUUUUAUACAUUUGCUGUGCCUUUUGAAAUGGAAGGUGAUACAACUGAAAUUCCUGGAGGCUUACCCCCAGCAUUUCUUAAGACAAUGGAGCAAAGGCAGCAAAAGGUACAAAUGUGGCACAAAACUGUUAAGGAUGCAAAAUUAAACGGGGAACAGAAGAAAAGGUUUCAAGCACUUGUUGAAUACCAAUUCAGUGAAUGGCUGGUUAAAACUGGAAACAGACAUGAGCUGGAUAGGCUUGUGCCAGCAAAUACUAUUACAAAGCAAGCUGCUGAUUGAAGUACAUGUA